AUUGAUUUCGGAUCGGGAACUGAAUCAUCCAUCUAUAUCCGUAAAAGAAAACCGGACCCCAAUAACUAUUCCAACACUUUUAAAACUGCGUGGGGCAGGCCACCCACCCACGACAAAAUGACGAAGGAUCAGCAGGCCACUCCCAUACCCGAGGAGCUGUACAACCUCACCCAGCUGGCGGACGUUACGCUGGCGGCCGGUCCGCUAAACACCGACUCCGAGGCGAAGCCCCCGGCCGGCCUGUACGCCGCCUCGUCCACAUCCUCCUCCUCCUUAUCCGACGACGACUACAACUACCUCUGCCACUACAGCCACAAGGUGUUCGAUCGGAGGAAAGUGCGCCGCUGCACCAUCUCCGACUCGAACUCCUGCACCAGUUCCAGCUCCAGCGUGUGUCAGUCGGGAGAGGAUCACCUGGGCCACGAAGCGAGGGAGCAGGACGCCUUGGAGCAGCAGCAGGCGGCGGACGGUGGGGCACUCAGCUCCUCUUCGCUGCUGGAGGAUGAGCACAUUUGCCCCGAGUGUGGCAAGAAGUAUUCCACAUCCUCCAACCUGGCUCGUCAUAGACAAACCCAUAGGUCAAUUAUGGACAAAAAGGCCCGCCACUGUCCCCACUGCGAGAAGGUUUACGUGUCCAUGCCGGCGUUCUCAAUGCAUGUGCGCACCCACAACCAGGGAUGCGAGUGCCAGUUCUGCGGCAAGCGCUUCUCCCGCCCGUGGCUCCUCCAAGGGCACAUCCGCACCCACACUGGAGAGAAGCCCUUCAAGUGCAACGUCUGCGAGAAGGCGUUCGCCGACAAGAGCAAUCUGCGUGCUCACAUCCAGACGCACUCCAACACCAAGCCCCACACCUGCUCCCGCUGCGGAAAGGCUUUCGCCUUAAAGUCCUACCUGUACAAGCACGAGGAGUCCUCCUGCAUGAAGAAUAGGAGUGGAGUCACAGGACCUGCAUCAGCAUCGGGAUCUUUGGGCAGUAGAACUCUUCCAUCACCCAAGCGUUAUCAACAGGAUGCGAAUACUACGGGCUUGGGAGCAGGAUCCCCUUCCACAGUGGGUGCUGCCCCUGAUUCGGCCAAGUCCACGCUGGCCAACAAACUGAUGCAAAAGGAAAAGGAGCGGCGACAGGCGGCAUUGGCCUACCAAGGGUUCCUGGCCACCCCAGACGUGCCCUCCGGCUUUAGUCAGGGAACGCCAAACAUCGCCGGCCAGGAGCCGGACUACGACCACUUCAAGAGGAUUAACGUGAUCCAGCCCACCGUGUUGCCCCAUCGCAACCUCUUCACGGACUUGCACAACAAUCCUCACCUGCCGCUGGCACUGCCUCUGCCAUUGCCAUACCAUUAUCCGCCACACGCCACGCCCCCCGAUAUGGCAAAGGGAGGAGGCGGGUUAAACAGGAGCCAGGAGCAGCCGGUGGACUUUUCGCCGAAAAACAAUUUUUCGCACUCGGCCAAGACGAGUCCUUUCGAACUAACUGGCAAUUAUGCCAUGGUGGCAUAGUCUCCGGAGGAGACCCGAUACAGAACACCAAAGCAAAAGACACCGGAGAGAACAAGAGCACUACCCAUCAGGAUUUUAGGCCGAGAUUGAGAGAAACUCAAAGAAAUAAUCCCACCCGAUCCUUAUACCCAAAUCCUUAAAUCCAAAACCCCAACCCGAUAACUGUAGUCAACGAAUAUGUGAUAAAAAUGCAAAAGAGCUAAAGUACCAUUUUAGAGAGUAGAUGAUUCCAGAUAGAGACCAGAGGGAACAGACACUGUGGCUGAAUCCACACAUCGAUGAAAACGGACAACUCCAAGGACGACGAUGAGAGACGAAAAUAUAUACACUGUUGUAGGUUUAGAGACAGAGCUGAGAGACAGGAGGUGUGAUCGAUCCCCGAUUGAUCGUUUGAUCUUCACUUAGUUGUAAACGAGACUUCUUAGAGACUUGCCAAGAACAGCGACAAAAAACCAAUGUAACCAGUAUUUUUUAUAGCACAUACAUAGAUGCGCGAGUUAUAUGUCAACUCCCGAUCCCGGCGGCACCACAGCAAAGCUCCAAUGUUUAUACACUCACACCUAGCAUUACGAUUUCGAUUUACAAGAAGCCAAACCAGACAUAUCCAGAGAUAUAUCUAACCCACUUAUAGACGCAUAAAUACAUACUAACCCCCCAUUAAUCACUUCGCAUUAAGGCAUUGGUGGCGACUUCCUGCUUCCGGCACGGAAAUCGUUCCAAAACGAGAGAUAUUCUAGUCUAUAUCUUUAAAAUUGGCGCACAUUCUACGGGAAGGGGCAUCUCCCGGGAUGCCGCGAUCCCCGAUAUGUGCGUGGCGUUAUUUUAAGCACUUUACGGCCGCAUGUGGUGCAAUAAUUGACAUAACCCCUAUCUGUAUAUUUCGUAUUUUACUCGAUCGACCAAUCGCUCACUAGAUUUACAUAUAUAUAUUUAGCACUUUACAUCUAUUUAGUUGUCGAGAGUCAGACACGCUCACUGCAUUUCGCAUCCCACAACUCGACUCCAUUCUACGGCUAAACACACCAAAGAUACAUAUAUCGAUUAUAUAGACGCAUGGGCGUUCAGUCGUAUGCCCUGCCCACCUUUUAUUCUCGUACUUAACAUAUACACCUAAAGAUAUAUAUACACACGUAUACUUGUACGUAGCUUAUAGUCGUAUUAUAUAGAUUUGCACAUUUAUUCGAAUUAAACGAGAGAUCCACCGAUCCCAAAAGUAACAAGGCGUAUUCUUUUUACGUGAACUGGGUUGAUGGGC